AUGCCGCGCUAUUACUGCGACUAUUGCGACACCUACCUCACGCACGACUCGCAAGCCGGACGCAAGCAACACAAUCGUGGUUGGAAGCACCGUGAGAAUGUCAAACUUUAUUACGAGCAGUUCCUGGCUGGCCAGGGUGUCGUCAUGAACCCUGGUGAGUGGCUUAGAGGACCAGCGCCAAUGGGUUCUUUGCCUCCGCGACCUAGUGGACCUCUACUCGGUGGCAUACCAGGAAUUCCACCUCGUGGAGGACCACCUCGAGGCAUGGUACCACCUCCUGGAAUUAACAUGCGUCCUCCUAUGUUUCGAGGACCACCCCGUGGACCACCACCGAUGGGAGCUAUGGGCACAAUGGUACCGCCUGGACCGGGAGGAUCGAAUGCCCCCCCGCCUCGAUCGAUCUAUGGACCAUAG